AUGGCGGGUCACUGUCGGGCUGUCAGUUGGGCUAGCCUUAGUGGGCCUUUAACGAGGAAACCUUCUUACAAGGCAUCAUGGACCUAUAUGGCUGAGAGUGACCCAUCAGUACCACCGCAGGUCCAGACCUUCUGGCAAUGGCUCCGGGAAGAAGGAGUGGUCUCCUCUAAGACUCCGGUGAGACCAGGUGUCGUACCGGAAGGUUUAGGAUUGGUUACCCAGAGAGAUAUUGCUAAAACGGAGAGAGAAGCUGGGGGAAGACUCCCAAUGGCGACAUUAUAUAGACAUUCUUCCAGAGUAUACCAAUUCUACUAUAUAUUGUGCAGGUCAGAAGAGGAGCUUUCCGAGAUUCAAGGAACCCAACUACUGAGCACAACAUUGGAUGUGAAAAAAUAUGUUCAGAGUGAAUUUCUGAAAGUGAAAAAAGAAGUCAUACUUCCUAACUGGCAGCUUUUCCCUUUUCCUAUUUCAUUGGAUGACUUCUUUUGGGCAUUUGGGAUAAUCAGAUCAAGGGCAUUUUCCCGUCUUCGUGGUCAAAGUCUUGUUUUGAUCCCACUUGUGGACUUGAUCAAUCACAGCCACACCGUAACCACAGAAGAUCAUGCCCAUGAGAUUCCAGGACCAGCAGGUCUUUUCUCCUGGGAUCUCCUGUUUUCUUUACGGAGCCCAGCACCAGUCAAGGCUGGUGAGCAGGUAUUUAUCCAAUACAAUUUGAAAAAGAGCAAUGCUGAGUUCGUUUUGGACUAUGGAUUUGUAGAUUUAAUGCCAAACCGCGAUAAAUAUAUGCUAACAUUAAAAAUAUCUGAGUCAGACCCAUAUUUUGGGGACAAGCUGGACAUUGCGGAGUCUAAUGAUCUGGGACAAACUGCCUGCUUCGAUAUCAUAUUGGAUCGUCCUCUUCCACCAACAAUGUUUCCUUAUCUGCGCCUCAUAGCUCUUGGGGGAUCAGAUGCUUUCCUUCUGGAAUCAUCUUUCACAGACUCUGUUUGGCACCACCUUGAAUUGCCUGUUAGUCGCGCCAACGAGGAGCUCCUCUGUCGAAGCGUUCAGCACGUGUGCAAAUCCGCACUUUCUGGUUAUCAUACCACCCUCGAAGAGGUAACUAUUCAUCCUUGUUCACAUUGCUUCUAAGGAUUCAUUGUUCUGCAAUGUCAUCACUCCUUGCUAUACUGCCUAUGGAUAUAAAUAGAGAUCUGUUACACUAAAUUUACACAUCCUCUGGACUCAAAAUAAUGAAUAAUGAGCAUCACUUAAAUGAUCCAGUUUAAGCUGCAUACUAAUCUUCCUGGUAGAACCCCUGAGGUUGCAUUUGUUUUCUUUUCUUUGUUUCUGUUGAUAUCAUGUUGUCUAAUUGUUUAUUCAUUUUUUUCCAUUAUCUUACAAGUUUACUGUAUUUACAGUGAUGGUAUGCUUGUUUGCUUUAAAUAUCUGAAGUUAGAACCCGAAGAUUUUGUUUCAGUAACUAGAUGCUCAAAGCUUUUACUUACGAAAUAAUGAAGUAAAUUGUAGGAUGAGAAAUUGAAGGAAGAAGGAAACCUCGAUCCAAGGCUUGAGAUAGCAGUUGGGAUAAGGGCAGCGGAGAAGAAGGUGUUGCAACAAAUUGAAACGAUCUUUAACGAGAGGGAACUAGGAUUGGAUGGAUUGGAAUAUUACCAUGAUAGGAGACUGAAAGAGCUUGGUCUGGUUGGGGAGCAAGGUGAAAUCAUCUGUCAGCCUAAGUAGGAUACCAUUUACUCCACAUGGUUUUGUUAAUGUGCGGUGAUCGAGAGACAAUUUCAUCACAGGUCCUAAAUGAACAAUAUGUUUGUUACUCGACCCUUUCGAGAUCUCAAGGAGUGGAAAGAAGGGAACAGCUCACAAACAUCUUUUCUUAAUUUGUACUGCAUCACCUCCACCAAGUUAUACCAAGUUGAGCUUCACAUGCUACAAGUAGCAGUCAUAGUUUCAUGGAUUCUUUCAAUGUUUUCCAAAUUCCUAUGGCUUUGAACUACUCAUAUGUUUCCUGCUUUCCCAGAAAUUUUUCACUUUCGGGACGAUUUGUUGUAUGAUGCACUCUCUGUAAAGUUAGCAACCAAGUUACUCUUCAUUUUUUCUUUUGCAUAGACAAUAAUAACUGAUGGGUCCAGUUUAGAAAUGCAAACCAGGUCCAAACCAGGUCCAGUUCAAAUAUAUAGGU